AUGUCGAAUUCAUCAAUAGUUGAUACUGCUCAAUUAUUAACAUCAUUAUUAAUUCGUAUACUAUCCGUUGGUUUUCUUAUUGAUCCAACAUCAAUAUCAUGCUUUUGUAAAACACGAAUGUUUUUUGCACAAUUUUCUAUACUUGUUGCACUUGGAUUUGUUAUUGGUAUUCUACCGAUUAUAAUAAUGAUUACAUUUGCAUUAUUAACUUUUAUAAGUAUUCGUACAAUUGCUAGUCGUAAUAUUUAUAUUGAACGUUUAGGACGUGAUUGUCAAUUAACAGCGAUGACAUUGAUUUAUGUUGUAUCUAUUAUGUUUUUUUAUUAUGUUCGUAAUCAAGUUAUUUAUGUAUUGAUUGAUGUACAUUUCAAACGAUUUCGACAAGCAGCAAAUAAAUUAACUAAUAAUCAAGUUACACCUGGAAUGGAAAUGAAUUGA